CCUACAUUGCACAGCCUGCCACAAAAACGCUGUUGUUGUCGACCGAAAGCGAGACCGGGGAUGCUGGUGGAAAUUGGAAAUAAUAAACAACAGAAAACCGUAAACAGAGUCACAGAGGUGUAUGAUUGAUAUUGUUGUCACAGUGCCACCGACAGCGUCAAAGACAACCUGAAUGUAAAGAGCUGUGUCCUGAUUUGAACCUAGAAGAAUAGUGCUCCUGGAUCCUGUUGAGUUCUCCUGAUAACAUUCGACAUUCGAGAUGGUCGAGGCUGAUAUUAGCCAGGGCCAAGGAGACUUCGAUCCAGACAUGAGGGCUGCCCUGGACAGUAUUGUGGAAGAGCUGAUCGAUGAAGUGUCUCUCGGGCUGUGCUUUGAGAUUCAUCGCUCCUGCAAAGUGGGCUCCAUGUUCUUGAAUGGAUUCGAUGACAUAUCUGACACAGAGUAUGCUAUUAUUGACCGGCCUGGAAUGGACGUUCUUGGCCAGGUUCCUUCAAAGAAGAACUAUGAAUGUGUGUGCCCAAAUUGCCAGCGCAAUCUGGCAGCCUCCCGGUUCGCUCCUCACCUGGAGAAGUGCAUGGGCAUGGGCAGGAACUCUUCUCGAAUCGCCAGUCGCAGGAUUGCCAACAAUCAGAAGCACGGGGGCAGUGAGGAGAGCGGCCAGGAGGAUGAGAACGACAACGACUGGAACUAUGCUCCCGAGUCUAAGAGAUUGCGGAAGCUCAAGAAAGACAAAAUGUCCAACUCCCCGAGGAAUCGGCGUCUAGUGAAACUUCGAAACGGUAGAAAUAACAACAGCCAGGCCAAUGCAGCAUCAGCAGCAGCAACAGCAGCAGCAGCAGCCAACAGCCAAUCAGCCACCAACAGCUCUGGCGCCACAAGCGUUCCUGGAAGUGAGCUGUCGGGGACCAGAGACCAUGCGGAGCCGCCCUACAGCUCACUUAUGUACGAGUCUAUGACCGUGGAGGAGAGGAAAGCUCUGUUGUUGACGAGCUGUGGCGUGAUUUCUGAGCACACUAAGAAGAUGUGUACACGGACGGGUAAAUGUGUUCAGCACACAGACGAACAGCGCAGACAAGUGAGACAACAGCUGUUGAGGCAAAGCCGCGCCCACGACCUGGAGGACAUCCACAUUGACAUCGACACGUACGACGACACGGAGACACAGACGCUGCGUGAGUCGCUGCAGUGGGAGGCCUCCUCCAACUCGUCGCCGGCCGACUCCACCUCCACCAACAACAGUACCUCGGGUGUAGCGACCAGCGCGGCCACAUCGGCCCCAUCGACGGCCCCCGCGGCCCCGGCCAAGCGGCCCAGCAGUAAGGCGUCGAGCAAGCCCAGCAAGAACAAGAAGCAGAAGGUGGCCAAGCACAGCGCCUCCAGCUCUAGCAGUGCCAGCUCCAGCCGCGACCACGCCGGCGCCGCUAACCUCUACGACUUCAGCUAGGCUUAGGCUUAGGCUUUGUGCAGCUCUGCACUGGUCACAUAUAUGUGUGUGUGUGUGAUUGUGUGGGGCAGCCCGUUCGUUGUACUUGGAUCAAUUGUGUGUGUGUGUGUGUGUG